CACACGUCCACCUUCUUCUCCUUGUGAACUUUAACACCAAAAUUCCAAAAUCUCACACAACUUAUCAAAAAUUUGUACAAAUCAAAAUGACCAAGACGGAAGAAGAACCCUCCACGGUCGAGAAAUCCUCCUCAGAUCGGUUACCUCUUAUCUUUGCCGGCUCUCUCUUCAUGCUAAUUUGCGUUUCAAUGUGUCACAUUACUUGGGAUGUUGGCGACCCUGGUGGAAAUCUGAACGUCACCUUUGACACCCUGCGGGCCGAAGGGUUUCAAAAACAGGCCCAGUUUCUCCAAGACAACGUCGUCACUCCAUUCAUAAACAGUGACCUUUACACCCUUUCUGACCAGUUGGAGGAAAAAGUGCCGAAAUUUGUCCCUUUUAGGGGAAACCUUGGAAAAGUUACCCGGGUCGUGGGGGCGGUUCGGAAUGAAAUUCAGACUCAAACUGGGCACAGAACGAGAUACAUUGUCGCAGAGAAACCUCACUAUAAUAGGGAUUAUUAUCCAGGGGAUGAUUUUUAUGUGAGGGGAAUUUUCAACCUGGCGGAAAAGAAGAGGCCCGUCAUUAUCUUUUUGGAUUAUGACUGCGUCCCCAAAAACAUAAUCGAUCUCAUCAUCCUUCAUCUGGUGAAAGCAACACCUGGCGGAUACCUCGUGCUGGCCACAUCUGAUAAAAAUUGGACCGUUCCCCCCGGUCUGGGAGGACCGAUUGGUUUAUCAAAACCACUCCAUAUCCCAACCCUGCCCACAAUUAAGGAGAGGCGGAAACUGAUCGAGGCCUGCAGUUCCGCCUGGCAUGAGCAACCCGGCGAGGAAAUCUUGUACGUCAUGGCGAACCGGACGGCGGCCUUGUUGCAUCGGGAGAAGAGUGUGGAACAGGAAAUUGGAACCCUGUGCAAACUCGCGUUUCGGAAUGGGCUAGAAUUACAUGAAAAAACACGACGUCGUGCCGGUGGCGAGAAGAAAAUUGAUGGAGGAGAGAUUUCCGUCUCCCUGAAAAAUUGGGAAGAUGCUUUAGCCUCGAUAGUUUCAAGGGAGCAGAGUUCGGCGGAUAUCGGGUGAAAACCUCCAAAUAUCUGGAUAUAUGUAUAUCCCAGUGUUUCCUUUUGUGCGCACGAAAUUAUUUUUAUGCAUGCAAAAAUGCACGAAAAUGCACAAAAAUGCACGAAAAUGUGUAAAAAUGCAUAAUAAUAAAUGAAAUGCAAUUUAUGGAGGGAAUUUCAUAUUUUUAACAAAUAUUGUAUUUUUUUACCCUAUAAAAUGGGUGUAAGAUUCAGUUAUCUAAAUAGUUUGAAACUUUACCACGCUAUCUAACCUGAGUCAGGGCUUACCGAUGUAUUGAAAAAUGAAAAUUGAAAAAUAGUUUUACACUAAACUUCUAAAACAAUAAAGAAAAUAUCGUACAAUAGCGCAAAGGCUUCUCAAUUAAUAGAAUAUUUGAAAAAAUUGCAUUAUUCUAAUAUUAUUUGAACGUAAAUGAUUUUUGUGCAUUUUCAUGCGUUUUCAUGCACUUUUCCGGAUUUUCGAUGGGUGUUAUUAAAUGUUGAAAAACAUUUUUAUGUACUAAUUUCGUGCAGGUGUUUUUUAACAGCAGAAACACAGGUAUAUCCAUAUUCAGGCCAAAAUCUUGCCCUGCACCCCCACCCUCCAAAUAUCCAUGAUAUCCUCUGAGCUCUGCAAAGGAGUAAUACUAUUUUGGGGUGGAUAAAAUUGGUCAGAUAUCCUUGUCAUUGUUAAAUAAGGUGUAAAUUAAUAUGCCUGACACUUGAUUUAAUUUAAGGUAGUGGCGCAAUGAGGAAGCCCACUAACAAUGCAAGUAUUUUACGUGUACAACUCACAAGGGACACUCACGACCUGUCGUUUGAGUCCA